GUACAAAAACCGCUUUUAUGAAAAAGCGUUAGCAUAGGAAGUGUGUAGGCUGAUCGCACCAUAUGUGUGUGAUCAACUGGUAUAAAUUUAAAAUAGGGACCAGUGUUUGGGUUUGAUCACUCGCAGAACUUUCCUUACAGAUUACUGGAGGUACUUUUGUAUGUGAACUCCUGUCUGCGAUUGCAUUUAUAACUAAACGAAGAGUUUAAAAAAACUUUUUUAAUUUUUUUAAAGGAGCCUGUGUUCUUCUCAUAUUUCCCCAACUGGACUUCUUGUAUACCACUCUGUGCAAAAGGAUCUCUCCCCCCUUUCAACAUUUUUUGGGCGAGCUAACCAGGAGUAAGUGACCAUUGCUGCUGGGAGGACCAUCGCCCACUGUGUUUGCACAUCAAAUUAACAAGGUCUCUCUCCAUUCUCAUACUAGGAAGGCCCCGGGAGGCAGUUGACGGAGGGGGAUCCAGAACACCUUGCCAGUUGCAGUAAGGGAUUGGGGUACGUAUCAAGGUUCAUAAGAGGACAUGGAACCAACCAAGGUGGACAGGUCCAUUCCAGGUGACGAUGGCAAGCCCGACGGCGGUUAGGGUCGCGGAGAAGUCUGGAUGGAAACAUCUCUCCCAUUGCCAGUGGAUGAUGGAGCCAAAGGAGGACAUGGAAUCAGAGGAGGUAGCCGAGACCAAAAGGCUGAAGCAGAAGGGGCCUAGACCAAAAGGCUGAAGCAGAAGGGGCCUAGACCAAAAGGCUGAAGCAGAAGGGGCCUAGACCAAAAGGCUGAAGCAGAAGGGGACUAGACCAAAAGGCUGAAGCAGAAGGGGACUAGACCAAAAGGCUGAAGCAGAAGGGGCCGAGACCAAAAGCCCGAAGAACCAACUGUUACACAUGAUCAGGAGGGUUCUAUUGUAAAUAACAGGAAAAAGGGAAGUAGGUGCAGGGGUAAAAUACCAUGGUGUGUGUCGAUAGCGUCUCUACUACUGAUUCUAGGGUCGGCCAGUGGGGAUACUACUAAUUCUUUGGUAUCCUUGGUUGACAUUACUGGGUAAGCAGACCUCACCAAAUGGGACUCAAGUGUGGAUUUUUCUUUCAGAAACCAGGCUCAGCUAAAGAAUUGUUUGGUUCGAUGAUGACACCUACGGGUGAGAAUGAACAGGUGAUGUGGAUUGUUGUAUUUCAUACGAAGGGAUAAGGAUAAGACAAGUAAAGAGUAAGUAAAAAGGGAAUUGUACCUUAGGAGUUUUUUUCUGGGACAACCACUCAAGGAUCCCCAGGGAAAGAAUGUCUCACUGGGACUGAAAGAUGCAGUUCUCUGGGGUGGAUGUUAGGCUGGUUCCCUACUAAACUCCUAAGGAAAGUGGUUUAAAAUGAUUUGGCCAAGAACUACCAGGACCCAAGUAGGAGGGGUGUUAAGAAAGGCAAUUGAAUGUAUGUAUCCUGCUAAAAAUGUGUGGAUUGAGAAUUUAGGGACAACUACUGUAGAGCCUGUUUUGAUUGGUAUAAGGAAUGGUGGUGUGCCACCCCUGUGUGUUUGCAAUAAUGGCUCACUUCCUGUUGGGGUAACGACUACUUGCGGGAAUUACUCAAGACUACUGCCAGAUCAAGAACUGCAUAGAAGGAAUUUCUCAAAUUAGGGUACAUGGCAUUUGGUUGAUGCAGCAAAACAGAUUACAGGUGUUAGUUUUAAAAUGCUUAACAAGGGUAUGGGAUCACCUUGGGGAAAGAUGUGGAUGUGUGGUGGGAAUGCUAACCAGGGUAUGGGAUCACCUUGGGGAAAGAUGUGGGAAUGCUAACCAGGGUAUGGGAUCACCUUGGGGAAAGAUGUGGGAAUGGUAACCAGGGUAUGGGAUCACCUUGGGGGAAAGAUGUGGAUGUGUGGUGGGAAUGCUGUAUGUAUGGGAUCACCUUAGGGGAAAGAUGUGGAUGUGUGGUGGGAAUGCUAACCAGGGCAUGGGAUCACCUUGGGGAAAGAUGUGGAUGUGUGGUGGGAAUGCUAACCAGGGUAUGGGAUCACCUUGGGGGAAAGAUGUGGAUGUGUGGUGGGAAUGCUAACCAGGGCAUGGGAUCACCUUGGGGAAAGAUGUGGAUGUGUGGUGGGAAUGCUAACCAGGGCAUGGGAUCACCUUGGGGAAAGAUGUGGAUGUGUGGUGGGAAUGCUAACCAGGGUAUGGGAUCACCUUGGGGGAAAGAUGUGGAUGUGUGGUGGGAAUGCUAACCAGGGCAUGGGAUCACCUUGGGGAAAGAUGUGGAUGUGUGGUGGGAAUGCUAACCAGGGCAUGGGAUCACCUUGGGGAAAGAUGUGGAUGUGUGGUGGGAAUGCUAACCAGGGCAUGGGAUCACCUUGGGGAAAGAUGUGGAUGUGUGGUGGGAAUGCUCAUCUCGACCCUCCUCUCCAAAUGGAGAGGUUGUUGUUGUUGUUAUCUGGGUGAGACUGUUUUAUCCCUUUCAUUAGUAUCCCUGCAGUAGCAAUCCUGUCCAACUCUUCUCCCUGAAAAGAGUAGGACCUCGCCAUACUCGUAGCAUUCCUUGAAAACCAAUUAAGCUUAUGGUCACGUUCCAAAGCCACUCCAGAUUUGUUUUGUGUUAAUACCUAGCAUUGAAGUUUCAGUUUGGGGAAAAUCGGAUGAAUAACCUCACCUACUCUCUCCAGACCCACAUUACCUGGAUGAAUAACCUCACCUACUCUCUCCAGACCCACAUUACCUGGAUGAAUAACCUCACCUACUCUCUCCAGACCCACAUUACCUGGAUGAAUAACCUCACCUACUCUCUCCAGACCCACAUUACCUGGAUGAAUAACCUCACCUACUCUCUCCAGACCCACAUUACCUGGAUGAAUAACCUCACCUACUCUCUCCAGACCCACAUUACCUGGAUGAAUAACCUCACCUACUCUCUCCAGACCCACAUUACCUGGAUGAAUAACCUCACCUACUCUCUCCAGACCCACAUUACCUGGAUGAAUAACCUCACCUACUCUCUCCAGACCCACAUUACCUGGAUGAAUAACCUCACCUACUCUCUCCAGACCCACAUUACCUGGAUGAAUAACCUCACCUACUCUCUCCAGACCCACAUUACCUGGAUGAAUAACCUCACCUACUCUCUCCAGACCCACAUUACCUUGAUGAAUAACCUCACCUACUCUCUCCAGACCCACAUUACCUGGAUGAAUAACCUCACCUACUCUCUCCAGACCCACAUUACCUGGAUGAAUAACCUCACCUACUCUCUCCAGACCCACAUUACCUGGAUGAAUAACCUCACCUACUCUCUCCAGACCCACAUUACCUGGAUGAAUAACCUCACCUACUCUCUCCAGACCCACAUUACCUUGACAAUGAAAGUUUUUUUUGCCCAGUUAUCUCUAGACGUCCCAGAAUUUGAAGGCAGUGGGCUAAAAGACACGAAAUUUGGCACUUGGUUAUGUCCUAGCCGCCCGGGUACUAGCGUUGGGAUCUUGCAAACCAGUGUGUCGUGCUUCUUCCUGACUCCUCUGACAAUACGACAGGGCACAUUCCUAAGGAAAUGGGUAAGCUCGCUAACACUCUGCGACCGAGUGAUGACGAACCUCUGAACUAAACUAAGGAAAUGGUUUAAUAAUAAUGACAAAUUCGGGACCUGUGUUUGGAAGAAGAUAAAAGAAAAAUACCCGUUGGGUGUUCUUUAUUUUGUGGCUCCUGUUUUAGUUGGUAUUUGUUUCUGUUGUUGUGUUGUUGUGUUGUUUUGGAAAAUGGGCAGUUAAUGAAGCUAUACCAGGAUUAAUGGUAUUGGCUGUCCCGUGUCCCGUGUGGCUCAGUUGGUAGAGCACGGUGUUUGCAAAUGCCAGGGUUGUGGGUUCGAUUCCCACACGGGGACCAGUACGGGACCAGUACGGAGAAAAACAUGUAUGAAAUGUAUGCAUUCACUACUGUAAGUCGCUCUGGAUAAGAGCGUCUGCUAAAAUGACUAAAAUGUAUAUGAUGAUUAUAACUAUGGCACUGAUGACGGUCCUCAUUAUGAUCCUCCCGUGUUCCCCGACGGUUCUGAUGACGGUCCUCAUUAUGAUCCUCCCGUGUUUCCCCCGACAGUUCUGAUGACGGUCCUCAUUAUGAUCCUCCCGUUUUCCCCCGACGGUUCUGAUGACGGUCCUCAUUACGAUCCUCCCGUGUUUCCCCCGACGGUUCUGAUGACGGCCCUCAUUAUGAUCCUCCCAUGUUUCCCCCGACGUUUCUGAUGACGGUCCUCAUUAUGAUCCUCCCGUGUUUCCCCCGACGGUUCUGAUGACGGCCCUCAUUAUGAUCCUCCCGUGUUUCCCCCGAUGGUUCUGAUGACGGUCCUCAUUAUGAUCCUCCCGUGUUUCCCCCGACGGUUCUGGUGAUUAUUAUUCUACCUAUGUGGGAAGGUUUUAAAACUCCAGAAAUCCAACGGUAAAUUCUGAUACGUUUGUGGGACGAGAUAGUCUCAAAAGGGAGGAAUGUAAGGGGUGAUAAGGGAGGUCUGUAGGAAACCACGUCAUCACUGCCAUAUAACGCCUUCCCUGUGACUCAGUUGGUAGAGCAUGGUGUUUGCAACGCCAGAAUGGUGUGUGCAACGCCAGAGUUGUGGGUUCGAUUC